AAAUCUCAGCACGAGCAAAAGCCGUUUAAAUAUCCUUUCGCAAGGCAUUGUGGAUCAUGUAGGAUAAAGGCGCGCUACAUUCUAUUCAUCACUAUUGGGUCUGGCGUCAUUGGAAACUACAUCCCCCCAACUGCAACUGUUUCAGUUAAUACCUAAGAGGACGCACUGAAGUGUUUUUGUUUUUUUUUUCAGAUGGACGGAACACAGGAGCUGGUUAGAUGUUUAUUGCAAUGGAAGAUCCCAAAUCCAUUCAGAGGAGGUUUGAAGCGGCUGUUAAAGUGAUCCGAAGCUUACCUGAAGAUGGCUCCUAUGACCUGUCUGAUGAUAUGCUGGUUAUGUUCUACAGUUACUACAAACAAGCCACAGCAGGACCAUGUGACACCCCCAAACCCAACUCUUGGGAUCCUAUUGGUAAAGCUAAAUGGGAGGCAUGGAAAACCUUGGGAAACAUGUCAAAGGACCAAGCCAUGAAGGAAUAUGUUCAGGAAAUACAGCUGAUACUUGAAACGAUCCCGGUCACAGAGAGGAUGGCAGAAUUAAUGGACGCUCUUGACCCAUUUUAUGAGAUAGUGUUGGAAGAUGAUGAUGAUGAUGAUGCAGUCAGUAAAGCAGCACCUUUAUCCACAGUUGAAGAGGGGGAAAGUGAAAUUAAUGUGGAAAACAAGGAAGAUGACAUUGAGAUGGAGGAGAGGAGGAAAGACUCAAGCACAUUUGCAGCAGGGAGAGGAGCUUUAUCAGUGUUUAACGGAAGUGAGGAGAACAGCAUGUCCUCCUCAACCGAGGACGCUCAUAGUUCGCUGAACACGGAGGAGGAAGAGGAGGAAUUGGCUUAUGAUGACUCAGACGAUGAGAUGUUCAGUGACUCAAUGGAAAAUCCAGCGACACAAGAGAAGGGUUCGGGAGUUCCCAGGGUGCAUUUGGCAGAUGUGAGCGUGGCUGGGGCCCACGUGAAACAAGGGGGAAACAGAGAGCCUCAGUGUGGGAGUCAGGAUGGAAAUACACCCCCUGUCCCCCACCCACCGUCACGUGGACCGGUCCGAACUGACAGAAUCUCAGCAGGCAGUGGAAGAGGUUGUCAGUUAACAGGAACUAAUCUACCAGAUGAACAUAAUGACUUAAAAGAGCGCAGUUGCCAAGGAAGUGCUCAGUGCUGUGAGACUGAAGAGAGAGCGUUUAACCCACAGAUCGCUGUGAUGUUGUCACAGUUACAGGACGAUAUGCAGGAUGUGCUGCACAGACUGACCACACUGGAGCUUCUCACAGCAUCACAAGCUGAAAUCCUUCCUCUCAAAACUCAGCACUCUAAGUCACCAAAAAAGAGGUUGCUCUGGUGGCCUUUACACUUGUCCCCUAUCACUGUAGCACUGACAGUUAUCUGGCCCUUUGCUGUGCACUGGCUGGUGCAGUUUUACUUACAGAAGAGGAGGAGAGUGAAGUGAAGAUUCGUUACCAGCUGUGCAGCUCCUGAAGACUUUCACGCGGUCUGGAGUCGUAUCUGAUAUAAAUACAGCAGUGAAUAUCGUGAAGCCACACUGAGCCUCAGGACCUUAAUAAGGAUACACACUACUGUUCAGAAGUUUGGCAUCAGUAAGGAGGAAUUAAUACUUUAUUCAAAAGUAAUAGUAAAGUCAUUUAUAAUAUACAAAUGAUUUCCAUUUCAAAUAAACGCUGUACUUUUGA